AUGGAUCGGAAGUACAGGCUUGUGGUUAAAGUCACUGGGCUGGAACGAGUGGGUCCUAUUGGUAACAAGAGGGAGAAUCCUACGGUCGUUUUCGAUGUUUCUAGUAACGUACCCACGUUUCGUAAAUCGAAUCAUACAAAGGUACAGAAAUGUGCUGACGAGUUUAGACAACUGUUCAAAUAUUUGAACGGUGCAUUGCAAGAAAGUUUUAUACCAGCGUUGCCUCCGACAUUUACUAAUUUUGGGAUCAAUAGUAACGAUGAUUAUGCAAAGACAGUGGCGAAUUUUCAACAAUGGUUUGAUCGAGUCUGCGAGAAUCCACUAGUGGUGCGUAAUGAAGAAAUGGCUUUCUUCAUAGAGAGUGACUUUAACACCUAUUCACCAACGAAUAGCUUUAAAUUGCCCGCAUCGGGUCUAAAACGGAAGACCCUGAAACAGCUGUCACCUCCAUAUGAUGAAGUGGUGGAAUUAGCAGAGUUUAGACCACAAGUUAAAGCCUUACACUGGGGGAGUCAAGAGGUUCAAUCCAAACUUAUGAAGGUGUGCAGGGCGCGUAAGAUUCUAGCCCAAGAACAGAAUACUUUUGGUCAGAGGUUCGCAACGCUCAAUGAUACACAGGUUCUUUACAAGAAAUUUGGCAAGAUUCUCACUGCCACAGGCGAUAUCAAUAGCGUAAUGGCUACAUUAGAUUAUGCAACAUUGUACGAUGGGCUUGAGUGGAUAGUUAAGGACACGUACGUUGUGAAAGAAGCAUUGACAAAUAGGCACCUAGUAAUGCGGGAACUAGUACAGGCACAGCAGUUGUCGAAGACGAGGCAGGAGAACGCUCGUAAGCUCAGAGCCAAGCGUGAUAUUAGUCCGCUAAAAGUCGACGAGGCAUUGAGACAAUUGAAAGUAGCGACACAGGAUGAGAAUGAACUUACGGAUAAAUUGCAAAGAAUUACCAAAAACAUGACCCACGAGCGGGAACACUGGCUACAAUGGUAUGAAAACAUCCUCAGCUCCACGAUCAAAGAGUAUACAAUGCGCAAGAUUGAGUAUGAAAGAAAGAAACUUACGCUACUAGAACGUGUACGCACAGAUGUACGUCGUGCGGACUCGAACGGUGGACUAUCGCGUCUGGGACGCAAGUCUACAAACCCUUCAACCAACACAUCUCAAAGUACUGAGGGCGAUACUUGGACUGGUGAACAUCGUCAACGUACUCAAGUACAAGUCGAUAAAGUCGCACAUACCGAAUUUGAUAAAACGUUAGGCACUACAGAAACCCUCAAGAACGACACAACGUCCUUAGAUGCCCGUCAUGCUGCCCGUAUGUUAGGUUUGCCAACUUUCUAG